AUGAUUCGAGUUCAAACAUCCCAUUGUUUCCGACCGCGGAGCUUUGCACCCCUGCAGAGCUCCCUUACCUACCCUCGCUUCCUCUCACAGGCCUCGCGAAAAUAUGGCUGCCAUAAACAGACUCCCUCGACUGAGGAGCCCCUGCAAAAAGGAAUCAAGGAUAGCACACCCACGCCAACUUCAUCGGUACUACGCUCGGCCUUCUGGUCGUGCCGCUCCACAUGGCGACGAGCCGGGAUCAACACCCUGCGCUGUCUGAUCGGGUGCACAGUCGGUGAUUUCACAGCCCUAUGGACUCUACAAUCCUACUACCCUGAACUGGGCAUGAACAGCAUUAUGCUAGCCUCAACCCCGGAGCGGAGUAAAGCGAAGCGCCCGCGCGCAGGCAAGAGUUUACGUGAAACGCGGCCGGCUAAUCUAAGACGGCACGGAAUAGUGGCAUCGGGCAUCACGACUUCGAUUAUUCUUGAAACGGUAUUGUUAAGACGCGGUGCUGACCAGUUGUCUUGGAGUAUGGCGGCGCGGACUGCGAUGGGGAUGAGUAUGGUUUCGAUGGUCGCGAUGGAGUUGGCGGAGAAUGCGGUUGAUUAUCACCUCACUGGGGGGAGUUAUCGCUCUUGA